AUGUUGUCUCGUCGGAGUCUCAGGAACAUUGUCCGCAUUCGCAAAAUGGCCACGACACACACUCUCAGCCCGACCGAAUCUCACUUUGCUGAGGCGCAGUUUAUUCCAGCAGAUGCGAUAUUUGCUUUAACAGCGCAGUACUUGACGGAUCCGUUCUCCAGGAAGGUGAAUCUGGGCCAGGGAACAUAUCGCGACGAGGAGGGAAAGCCAUGGAUUCUUCCCUCGGUGAACACCAGCCGCGAACGACUGCUAUCGCAAGGACUGAAUCAUGAGUAUCUCCCCAUCCUGGGGUUGCCAGAUUUUCGCCAGGCAGCCGCGAAGAUGGCACUGGGAUCAUCGCUUUUCGAGUCACAGCAGGGUAAACUAGCGACCUGUCAAAGUCUGUCGGGAACGGGGGCACUCCAUCUCGCCGGACUGUUAUUGCGAGCCUGUCAGACACCAAUCCCGAAGGUCUAUAUCCCUGCGCCCACUUGGUCCAAUCACUACCAGGUCUUCUCAUCGCUGGGGUUCCAGUGUGAAAGUUUUCAAUACUACCACAAUGAUCAAAAGGAGGUAGACAUGGAGUCAUAUUAUGCCAUGCUCAGAACUGCAGAGCCCAGCUCCGUGGUCAUCCUCCAUGCUUGUGCGCAUAAUCCGACCGGGUGUGACCCCAGCAAGGAACAGUGGCAGGAAAUUGCCCGCCUGAUGAGGGCUCGACGAUUGUUUCCCCUGUUUGACGCCGCAUAUUUGGGUUUUAACUCUGGCAGUAUCGACGAGGAUGCCUAUGCCAUUCGAUUCUUCGUCGAGGAAAUGAGGAUGGAAGCCGGGGUGUGUCUCUCCUUUGCGAAAAACAUGGGGCUUUAUGGGGAGCGAGUUGGGUGCUUCCUUUUAGCAACAAAUACCGAACAGACUGCCACGAACUCCCAGUCCAUGCUCGAGAUGCUCCAGCGCAAUAUCCUGACAGAUGAUGGAUUGCGAGAGGCCUGGUAUGACGACCUGAUCACUAUGAGUGGUCGAAUUCGUGCCAUGAGAAAGGCAUUGUAUGACAACUUGGUCUCCCUUGAUGUCCCUGGCUCCUGGGUGCACUUGAUCCGACAAUCAGGGAUGUUUGGCUUUCUGGGGUUGUCUUCUGAUGUGGUCCUGAAAUUGCGAGAGCAAUACCAUAUUUAUAUGGCUGACAACUCCCGCAUUUCCAUUGCUGGUCUAAAUGCUGGUAAUGUGGAAUAUGUGGCUCACUCCAUUGCGGAGUGUCUGAAGGCGUCGGGUUGA